CCCCAAGGCCGGGCCGGGCGCCCCCGCUCGGGAUUUGAAAUCUUGGUCUUCCCGAGAGCCUGCGGGCGUCGGCUCCCAGCGCGGGAUUCUGGAGUAAUUGAUAGAAAUAUAACGUGGGAUAGGAUUUAUUCUCUCCAUACUUCUGAACCAAUGAACAGAAAAUGGGAAACAAAACUGAAGCAAAUUGAAGAACGAGCAUCUCAGUAUGGGAGGAAACCAUUGUCCUCAGUGUAUAGGCCAAGAUUGUCCAAGCCAGAAGAACCACCCUCCAUUUGGAAACUAUUUCAUCGACAAACUCAAGCUUUUAAUUUUGUUAAAAGCUGUAAAGAGGAUGUUCAUGUAUUUGCUUUGGAAUGCAAAGUGGGAGAUGGACAGCGUACUUACCUUGUGACAACCUAUGCUGAACUUUGGUUUUACUAUAAAUCCAGAAAAAAUCUCUUACACUGCUAUGAAGUUAUUCCUGAAAAUGCUGUGUGCAAGCUUUAUUUUGAUUUGGAAUUUAACAAACCUGCCAAUCCAUCCUGUAAGGGCACCAGAGUCCUUCAUUCUUUACUUAUUGAAUGUGAAGAUAAGUCCUCUCAGGAUGUAUUAAUAAGUAGCGUGUUCUUGUCCUUAGGUAAUUUUUUGAGAAAGAUUUUGCAGCCUGCUUUUUACUUGCUUGGCGAUGAAGAUGCUGAUAGCGCUCCGGAGACAAGAGGCCACGGAUUUCCCCACUUUUCUGAAGCAUCUACAAAACCAGGAUUUUCUUUUAACGAAAUGUUCACAGAAAAGGCUGUAGAAGAAAGCUGGACAUUGAAUUCAAAGAAACUGGAGAGUCUAGGGUCAGCUGAGCAAGCCAGUCCUGGCCUUUCAUUUCUAGUUGUGAAGAAUAACAUGGGAGAGAAGCAUCUUUUCGUAGAUCUAGGAGUUUAUACAAGAAAUAGAAACUUUCGGCUGUAUAAAUCAUCAAAAAUAGGAAAGUGUGUGGCUUUGGAGGUUGCUGAGGAAAACAGAUUUUUUCCCAUACAGUCGGAAAACGUUUCAGAAGAAUAUCAGUAUUUUCUUUCUUCUUUGGUCAGCAAUGUCAGGUUCUCAGAUACUUUAAGAAUUCUUACAUGCGACCCAUCUCAGAAUAAACAAAAAGGAGUUGGAUAUUUUAACAGUAUCAGCACUUCAGGUAAAUUUUUUGAUGUUUGGUUUUUUUAUUUUUUGAGACAGGCGCAUCUGGAGAGGACAGGGGUGGGCUUGAUAGGACUGGAAGGCCGCGGGGGGAGCAGUGAGGGUGGGAAGCAUGCCUCUCCGUCCUGUUCCCGCUGGCCCUUGCCACCUUAUGGAUUCUACGUUGAAGGCCCUGCUUUAGAGAUUUUCUUUAAAAUGCCCAUAGCACGAGGGGGAAAGAUUCUGGUUGAUCUGAAAAACGAAGUUUGGUAUCAAAAAUGUCAUGACCCCGUAUGUAAAGCAGAAAACUUCAAAUCUGACUGUUUCCCAUUACCUGCUGAAGUAUGUCUCCUGUUUCUUUUCAAAGAGGAAGAAGAGUUUACAACAGAUGAAACUAGGAGCAGUGAAACCCAGAAUCCUCAUAAGCCAUCACCUAGCAAGCUGUCAACAGGUGCAUCUGCUGACACAGACUGGAAUAAUGGCAUUGAUGAUGCUUAUUUUUUAGAAGCUACUGAAGAUGCUGAAUUAGCUGAAGCGGCAGAGAACAGUCUUCUGAGUUACAAUAGUGAAGUGGAUGAAAUUCCUGAUGAACUAAUUAUAGAAGUAUUACAAGAGUAGCUAAUUCACUGUGGACACUUGUCACCAGACUAUAAUUUGCCUGAUGUCUAUCAGAUUUGAUAAAUAUAUUGUUAAACCUGUUUACAUAAAUUAAGUUUUAUCACUGUU